AUGCCGGACUCACCUGUGUCGGUCAAGUGGUUGACCGAGAGAGAAAAGGCCAUCGCGAUCAAGCGUCUUGUUGAUGAUCAACUGGGUGUCAAGAACACUCAUUUCAAAUGGGAGCAGUUGAGGGAGACUGUGCUCGACUACCGCUUCUGGAUGAUGGUGCUGCAAAUGUUCUUUUCGCAGGCGGCGGGAAAUGUCACCACGAACUUUCUGGGAAUCAUCAUUAAGGGAUUUGGCUACACUGCUUUGAAAGCGCAGCUAUAUACGGCGCCGAACUUUGCGGUCCAGGCUGUAACUCAAAUGAUAGUCUCCGCUCCUCCGACGCUGUUGCCACGAUUUCGCAAUUUUAAGCAACCUUUGGUGGCCAUCGCCAGCGUCAUCGCUUUGAUUGGCAUUGUCAUACUCUAUGUCACCCCUGCAGAGACACAAUAUCAAGGACGACGACUGGCCUCGGUGAUCAUCAUUUCCUGCUCCGGAGCAAACUACACCGUCAUCAUGGCUGUCAUUGGCACGAACACCGCUGGGUUUACCAGGAAACAGAUCUCGACCUCGACAGCCUUCUUCCUCUACUGUGUGGUCAACAUUAUAACGCCCCAGACCUUCCUGGGUACGGAGAGCCCUCGAUAUCACACGGGUCUUGCUUUCGUUCUAAGCUUCCUUUCAAUCUACAUUAUCUUGUCCUUCUCCACCUGGCUCAUGAUGAGACUUGUCAACCGUGCUCGUGACAAGAAGGCUCUGACGAACCCGGCAUACACUACUGGUGAAGCAAACCUGGACGAGAUGUCCGGUCUAAGAGAUGAGACCGAUUUGAAGAACAAGCACUUCCGUUACUCUGGCUGA